CGUAACGCGCCUGUAAGUAAGUCGCUCAUGGUGCCUAAACAUAUUGCCGCCGAGGCAGCUAAUGUAGCGCUGAAGAAGCAACGUAGCAAUGCCAGUCUGCAAAAUGUUGCAGAAGAAGAGAGCGCCACGGGCAGUAGUUCAGUUGCGAAUUCGCGUGAUUCAUUAGAUUUUCCCUCGCCACCAAUGCCAACUUUUCCACCACCCGCACUACCCAUGGAAGUUGUAACCGACAUUACGGAUGGGCUUUACGGCAGACUCAAGCCCAUACAGCCACCACAGCGGUUGAAGAGACGCAAGAAUUAUGAGGAGAUUCAAUUGCGGCGCGUAGUGGAGAAUCCAUCGCCCGUGGGCGGAGCUUCACUGCGGCCAAAUGUCGACUCUGCUGAGCUACAUCAACUAAAUAUGGAAGUUGCGGCAUCUGAACGCGAAGAAUCUAUGCUGUUGCGUAAGCAGAUACUGGCAGCGGAAAACCAAAUGCCUAAGCCGGAUCGCAGUGAGUCGUGGGAGUAUUUUGCGGAUAGCGUAGAAGAGAGCGUAUGUUCAACGCCUGAGCCUGUGUAUGCUAAUGAUGAGGCCACAUAUGGUCGAGUUUUCGAAAUGGCCUCGAGCAGCAAAUCUAAUUCCUUCCAAGUUCCGCCAAGACCGGUUGAGUUAGUGGAAGGCGCUGUAGGUGGCUGCCUAAAGCCGCCAGUGGAAGUUAUUAAAGAAUUUGAUCCGCUUUUGAGUCGCAAAGCCGCAACGAUAUGCAAUUCGGAUAAGAGUAAUCAGCUAUUGUUACUGGAACAUCUGCUGGAAGAGGACAUCUACGGCACUGUUUCGGGAGACCAAGUGAAAUCUGAUGACGAUAUCAGCAUGUGCACCUCGGAAGAAGACAAUCAAACAGCUACUGCGGUCAUCACCACGGCUGUAGUCUCCCAAGAUCCCACGCCAGCAACUGUGGUUUUGCCAACGAAUGCUAAGCCCACGAAUAGUACUAACGAAGCGGGUACUCAACUACGAAUAGUGCAUCAAAAUGCCCACUUACUUUCAGACAGCACAGAGAAUAUGCUGGAUGAUAAUGAGGCGCGCGUUCGGCCCUACUUGAGUCGACUCGAAGAGCAGCCAGCCAGUGGCAGAAAUAUUGACUUGGCACGCGCUUCUGAAAAUCGCACUCAAUGGUUUGUGCAGGACAAUAAAGAAAACAAAGAGCAGCAACGACGAAAUCCCUUUAACAAGCUGAACAUCGAAGGUGAUGGACCACCAUCCUACUUGGAAGCCAUUGGAGCCGAGGAUCGGCCUUCGCUCGCGGCGAAUGAACAAAAAUCGCGUGCAUCGCGUUUUAUGAAUACUAUGAACGUAUUUUCGACGAACGUAAAACAGCGUGUGGGUGCAAUCACGCGUAAGGGUAGCUUCAAGGUAGCCGCAAAAUCCGAUUUGAAGGUAACGUUACAAAUGGUGCCACGCCCUACGCUUUCACCAUUGCUCGUACGCUACGAAGGACCGCUGAUACGCUUUCCCUCAGGUGUUGUGGAAGACAUACUCAAGGAGAUGCAAAAUCGUAAAGCUAUUUUACGCGAUCGCCAAUUUCAGACAUUCCUCGACCAGGAGAUGAAGACGCCCAAAGAGAGCAUUCCACUGGAGUACAUUACAACGCUGCAAUGUGUGAGCAAUAGUCGCGUAACAGAUAAUUCAACACAUUUUUAUUGCUUUGAAAUAACUAUGUCAGUGCCGAAAAACCAACCGAACUCGAGCAACGUGCAGGCAAUGUCGAAUCCGAACCUCGUUAUGACGAGUACGUCAUCGGGCAAUUGUAAACAUCAGCGCGUAGCACACCUAUACGGUGUGAGCAAGGAAUCGGAAAGAGGUGUUUGGAUGCAAAAGCUUUUAGAGAGUCUGACCAAUACUAUACCACCGAAAUAUGCCUGCCAUUACUAUCGCGCAGGCUGGUGUUAUUUGAAAAACUCAAUCACUUCCGAAUGGAGCGGCACCUGGCUGGUGUUGAAGAAGAAUCAAAGACGUUUAAUAUUUGUGAGUGAAGCUGCUGGAAAUGUCGAGAAGAUGGAUCUGCGCAAAGCUCGUUGCAUAGUGCUCAAAGACAGCGACGAAACAAUUCGUAAUCUGCAUGUAGAGUCUGGUCCCACACUCAUGAUCGAUUGUCCGCCCUUUACGGUGUACAUGAUUAUGUCCUCACCACGCGAAACUAAAAUUUGGCGGCAUAUUAUACGUGAAGUGGCACACAACAAUGGCUUCUCUCUGAUCGAUCAGCAGUUGACCAAGUUCAAUGUGCCCGUCAUUGUGGAUAAGUGCAUCAAUUUUGUGUACAUACACGGCUCCAUGUCGGAAGGCAUCUAUCGCAAAUCAGGCUCUGAAAAUUCUAUUCUUAAACUUCUGUCAGCCUUCCGAGCGGAUGCCUUCAAUGUGGAGAUUACACGUAACGAAUAUAAUGAGCACGAUGUGGCUAACGUUUUGAAGCGUUUCAUGCGCGAUCUUCCCGAGCGCCUAAUGGGCAAACUUUCCGAGAGUUUCAUGUGUGUGACUGAGCUUACUAAACCUGCGGAGAAGAUAGAAGUAUAUAAAGAAUUACUUGCACGUUUGAGCGUGAUAGAACGGGAGACUCUCAAGAAAAUUGUAGGACAUUUGGCGUUUAUUAGCUCGCAGAAGGCGAAGAAUAAGAUGAGUACGAAAAAUUUGACAAUGAUCUGGGGUCCAACGCUACUGCAGAAUCACCAGCAGGAAGAAAUGGUUUAUUCGCAGAAGGAAGCUGAUGUUCUAGCCGAUUUGAUAACGCUUUACAAACAUUUAUUCCCACUAUCGCCAGAGGAAGUAACAAAGGAACAAGAGAUGUUGAUGUGCUUACAAAAGUAUUACGCGGCGGCUGAAACGCUGACAGAUUCAGUGAAAAAGUCUGGGGACCUAAAGAUGUGGGUAGUACUUAACCCCAGACCAGAGAACACCAAGGAAGAAAAAGUUCAGGUGAACGUUACAAUCACACCCACCCGCACCGCCUACGAUAUCUGUCGCGAGCUGGCGCCUAAAAUGCAAUUUUCAACCCAUCAAGUAUCCCUGCACGAAGUCAUACUGAACGACAGUCUGGAGCGUCCACUACACCAUGACACAAAAGUAUUCGACGUUGUCCUCAACUGGUCGUAUUGGCCCGAAGAUGAUCGUAAAAAUAAUUACCUAGUUGUGAAACCUAUUGAUACUUUGCGUGAAGUUCAACGUGCCGUUAAGAAUUUGGCAACGGUGACCCCGGGAAAGGAGUUGAAAUUUGCUGAUUAUCGCACAAAAUCCUUCAAAUCAUUUCUAUGCGAGUUGCGUGACGGUAAAAUUGUGAUAUCGAAGAAAGACAAAAACGAAAAAACCACCAUC